AUGUUUAGUUUUAAGCCUGUGAAAUGGUUUUCAUCUCUACUUUUAUCGAAGGUAAUAAUAAUAAAUUCAAUUUUAUUAGUUCCUCAAACCAUAUAUUAAAAAUUUUGAAUCUCAAAAUAUCGAUGUUUAAAUUUUAGAUGGAGAAAUUUGUUUGAAAUAAUUAGAGUUGAGAAAUGAUGUAUUGAUGCAAUUUGGUAUUGAUAUAGAGGUUAUUGAUUCAUCUUUUGGUGAGGUUAAAUUAAUUAUUCCAUGGAACAACUUGAAAACAAAAGAAAUUAGUGUAGAGAUUACUAAUGCAAAAAUUGUUCUAUCUAAUAAAAUUGAAAUGAGUGAUUUUAAUAAAGAAUAAUACAAAGAACAUCUAGAAAAACUAAAACGAGAAAUAUUAGCUAAAUUUGAUGAAACUGUUUAAAAAGAAGAUGCAUUUUCAAAUGGUUAAUCAGGAAAUAACUUUUUUGCAGAUUUUGCUAUUAAAAUAUUUGAAAAGUUUGUUCUCAAAAUCAAUAAUCUAGACAUUGUAUUCAUUUAUCAAAUCAAUAAUUAUGAAAUUGUAAAAUUUGGAUUUGGGUUUUAAAGUUUAUUAAUCAAUUAAGAUGAUAUUAAACCAAAGAAAGAUGAAAUUCGAAAAAAGAUUGUUGCAGAUAAUAUCUUUUUAUUAUUUGAAGUAUUUGAUAAUGUUCUUCCUUCUUAAUUAUAACCAGAAUCCUUCAUUCCAGAUUAAAAUUAAUCAAAGUAAGAAGAAAAAAAAGCAGUACAUAUUCUUAAGAAACUUGCUCUUAAAAUAGAAUUCAGUUUAGUUUUUUCUGAACAAUUAGAAAUAGAAUUAAAAAUAGCAACAAUUUCUGAUGUUCUUAUAUAUUUAAAACAAAGACAAAUUCGAUUAUUAUUAAGAGCAAUGCAAGAUAUAGCUAAUCAUCGUAAUGAUAGACCCAAAGAAAAACCAAAAUAUGGAAAAACUGCAAAAAAUUGGUGGAUUUACAUAAUUAGAAGAAUUAUUGAAAAAGAAUAUAUUAGAACAAAAGUUAGAAAAUAGGGAAUAACUAAUUAUUUUAAAGUCUAAUAAUAUAUUGAAUUAUAUACAAAAAAAAUGCUAAAAUAGCAUGAUGCAAAGAGAGACAAUAAACUUAUGGGAGAUUUUGAAUAAAAAAAUACUGUUUCUUAAAUUUUAAUUUUAAGAAGUAUUGCAAUUGACAAAAUUCUUGAGAUGAGAAAUAUUUUGAGAUCUAAUAAUCCCAAAGAUCAAAACAGUUAAAAAGAAGCUCAAGGCUGGUUUAAGAGAUUUUAAACUGAUUUUAAUAUGGAACAUGCUAGUAAUCUAAAAUUUAGUAGAAAUGUGAUUGAUACAUAUUUAUCUUUUAUGAAAGAAAAGGAAAGCAAUACUAGAAUUUCUAUUAUUUUAGAUGUCAAAAAAAUAAAUCUAUUAAUUUAAGAAAAUCAAAUUUUACAAUAAUUAAGAAAUCUACAUUAAUAAGUUAAUAUAUUUAAAUAAGAAUUGAAUUAAAAAAAGUCUCUUUAGACAAAAGUAUUAGAUCAUAUAAAAAAUAAUUUUUUAUAAAAAAUAACUAAAGUAACAGUCAAAUCAUCUGAAAUUAAUAAAUAAGAAGAUUGGAAAUUAGAUGAAUUAUUGAAGGAAAAAAUUUUAAUAAAUUUAGAAAUAACAGAAACGAAAUUAGAAUUAGUAAAAUAGGGUUAAUUUAAAUAAUUGGUAAAAGCAUAAAUUUAAAAAUUGAUUUUAUUAGAUACUAAUAAAUUUAAUAGUCAUUAUUUGAAAAUAGUUGAAAUAUCAGAAGGAAUUAAAGUAUUAAUGAGUUCAGAAUAAUUGGAAAGAUAAAAGAAAAUCCUUGAUUUAGAUCCUUUAGAGAAGACAAUAUAAGUUUAUUUAGAUAUUUAGGUGGGUCCAUUAAGUAUUACACUUUGUAAACCACUUUAUGAAAGAUUAAUUUCAUUACAAAAUUUAAUAUUUUUUGAUAAAUCUACUGUUUAGAAGGAUACAGAAGAACAUUCAAAGUAUUUUGACAAUUUUUUAAUAUUAACAAAAAGAGUUUAAUCUAAUACUAAUGUUUCUUUUUCAAUAAGAAGAAUAAAUAUUUACUUACCACUUUAAUAUUAGAUAAAGACAUAAAUGUUAUUAAUACAUUUGAAAUAAAUAAAAAUAUUUAAAAGAGAACAUGAGAAUAGUGUAGUUAAUAUAUAUCCUGCGGAAAAUUCAAAUGGAUAAGUUAGUUAAUAUUUAAAGGAUUUAAAAACUAGGUAAACAGUAAAUAGAGUAGCUUAAUAAAGUCAAAAUUAAGAGGAAAAUUAAAAUUUAAAACCUGUUUAUUUUUCAGUGGAUUGUCUUAGAUUAGCUUUUGUUUAAGAUUAUGAUUGGGAAAAUAAGGAAAAUAUUUUUAAAAUAUAAUAUCGUAAAUUAAGGAAAAAUGAAUAAUAAAAUGGUGAUCCUGGAAUAGAAACAAUUAUAGAAACACUUCCAAUAAAAAUAAGAAUGGAAUAAUCUUAAAAGAUGAUUACAUUAGAAUCAAAUAAAGCAAAGAGUAAAAGUAAAAUGAUAUUUAAAAAAAAAAUAUAUCCAAAAACAUCAAUGAUUACAAUUUAAUUACCAUUUUUGGAUUUUAAACUAUCAACAAAGCAUUUAUAUUUAAUUUUAUAAUUAGUAUCAAUUUGGUAAGCAAAAGGUUAUGAUUUUUAUGAUGUAAUUGAGAGUAAGGUUUAAAAAUAAGAACAUAAAUAAUAGUAAUAAUAUAUAAAUGAAGAUUGUUAAUAAUAAUUGAGAGAAUAUAUGAUAAGUUCUUUGCAGAUUGAUAUGGAAGGUCUUUAAUUAUCAGUAACAGUAAAUACAUAAGAAUUUUUAGAAAAAUUUGGGAAAGUUAGUUGUCAUGAGAAUCGUUUGUUUUCAUUUUACUAUUUAAAUUUAAGCUAUUUAAAGGAGGUGAAAUUUUAUGAUAGUAUUCAGCAUUUAGCAAUACAAGAAUUAGCUUUAUAAAAUAUAAAUUGUCAUUCUUAUAAAUUGGAUGAUCCUUUAAAGGUAUUGGCUAAAUAAUUAUUAAAACAUUCAGAUUCUGAAAAAGAAUAAAGAAAAUCAAGUUUUGGUGAAGAUUUAGAAAGAGUGAUGAAUUAAUAAUCAGAAAUACAAUAGGUAGUAAAUUCAAAAUAAAAUGAAAUCAAAUUAAACAUAAAGAAUUCUAAUGAUAUGAUUCAUUAACCCUAAUAAUAAAAUGAAGAUGAUGAAAGAAAUAAGAAAAUUUAUGAAAUUCCUGCUGAUGAAUUAUAAGAAGCUGAAAUACCUUAAACUAUAUUUUCUUAGAAGAAAGGUCAAUUUGACAUAACUUCUCCAAAACAUUCAUUUUUAGAUAAUAAUUAUGAAGAGGAAUUUGAAAGUGAACUUUACAUAAAGGAAUUCUUUAUGGAUAAGUAAUGUUAAAAAUGUAAAGAAUAACAUCGAUUAUUGUUAACUUUUAUAAAGGUUUAAGAUGAUUUAGGUCCAGAUGUUUAUUUUUUAUAAACAAGUGAUUCAUAGAGAUCUAGAGUAGUUGUAAAUUUAAAAUAAUUGAAUCUGAUUUUAGAUCCAGAUAUAAUUACAUAAAUGAGAUUAAUAUUUGAUAUAGGAAAUUUGGCAGCUGAGAUUAAAUAAUAAUAAUUUACGAAAUGGAUGAGAGAAAAUGGAUUUUGGCCAGAUUUUAAUGAAGUUGAUUAAAAAUAAUAGUCUGAAACAUAAACAUAGACUACAAUAACAAGUGAUUUAUUUUAAGAAACAAGUAGAAUAGAAUUAUAAAUAAAUUAGAUAGUUCUGAUGUUAAAUUACAAUGAUUAAGUGGUUUAUUUAAUGAAAAUGAAAUUCAUAGAGACAUAAAUAUCUAGUAGUUAAUUAUUUAAAAAUGUAAAUAUUAAGAUGCAAUAAGUUAAACUUUUUGAUACAGCUAAGAUAAGUGGAAUACAUAGAACAAUGUUAGAAGAUUAUGAUGAUUAGAAUGGAAAUGAAAUAUAAUGUUAGAUUUAGAUAUGCAAUAAUCCAGAUUUAAUAAGAAUAAGGAAAUACGCUACUUAUUGUGGAGUUAGAAUAUAGAGAGCAAAGAUUGUAUUUUUAAAAAGGAAUACCAAUGAGAUUUAGUAUUAUUUAAGAAAGGUGCUUAUAAAAUCAUUUUCAAGUACAUUGACAAAGGAAGACAGAAAUUAUCUAUUAAAGGAAACUGAAAUAUAAAAUUAAAGUUAUACAACAUUACCAAAAGAAGUUUAAGUAGAUUCGGAAUUUGGAUUUAGAUUUUCAUUGGUUGCUUUGGAUUCAUUGGGAAUAGGUUAUAGAAGUUCCUUAUCAAAUGAGGCAUUGUAUAUCUAAUUUAAAAAGGUUGGUUAUUGGUUCAGUGGUAUAUGGGGAUAGAAGUAUGACAACUUAAUUAAAACAGGAUAAUUUGAUGAUGAAAUAGAAGAAUAAUAAAACAUUUCUGAGAAUUUUGUAGAAGUUAAAAAUUCUAAAGAACCAACUAUAGGAGAGGAGAUAUUUGAAGAUAUAUAUAAUUAAUCAUAAUAAGAAGAAGAAAACUUAGAUUAGAGGAUUAGAUAAAUUGUAUAUGUCUGGGGAUUGGAAAUACGUUGUUCUCCUGGUACAGAUGUUAAUGAUUUAUUUGUUAAAGCUCCAGAAGAUAAAGUGUCUUUAUAAUUAUUUAUAGAUUUUUGUGAUGAGACACCAGAUAAAUUAUUUUGUUUUUAAGAUGUAAAACCCAUGAGAAGUAUAUUAUUAACAAUAUCAUUUAGUUACUAUUGACAUUUAAAAAUUAAAUAUUUAUGCAUAUGAUCCUGAUUAUUGUACUAUUUGCAAAUUCUUUAUGGAUAAUUUAGGAGAAUAACCUUAAACUAUUGUAGGUAAAUAUGACUAUAAUGAAUCAAAUGAGAAUAUUUGGAUGGUUUUAGAUAUCAAUAUAAAUAAAGCUAUUGCUAAAUUCUUUAAAGGAAAUAGAGAUGAAUGUAGAAAACAUUAUGAUUUAAAAAGAAUACCUCAAGAUUAAUUGGUUAAUAAUCUAUUAUAUAAGAAUCCUGCAUCUAUAGCUAUUGCUAAAUUAGAAACUUUAAAUUAUUAAUUUAUGAUGAGAGAAAAUGGAGGUAAAUUUAUGAAACUUAGUGUUCAAUAAUUAACACUUUCAGAUUUUAGGAAAUCAUCAACUAUGAAACAUUCAAAGGAAAUUCUAUUUUCACUUAUUGGAGAUUAAUUUAAAGGAGAUGAAGAUUAAUCUAUGUCUGGUGAAAAAUAAGAAGAUUUCAAUAAAGUAUAAGUUAAUUGUAAUGAUGAACUUGAAAUUGAAUAAGUCGAUCCUAUAUAAAGUGAUAAAGAAAAAGAAAAAAAAUAAUCAAAUAUUAUAGAAUAAUAGGUACCUAAGGCAGCAUUGGAUUUAAAAGAUAUAUAAAUAGAUUAAGAAUUAUAAUAGUAAAAAUCAUCAACAUAAAGCAGGAAGAAUAAAAACUUAACUAAAUGGUAAAGGUUUGUCAAUUUUUUUACACUUUGUUGUAGAAAAUAAUAAGAUAAGGGAGGGGGAAAUGGAUCAAAAAGUGGGAAUAAAAGUUCUCAAGAAAAUGUAUAAAAUGAAAAAGAAAAUCUAUAGCAAAUAUAAGCUAAAUUAGAUUAAUUGCUUGAAUAUAAUCCAGAACCUAUGUAAAAAAGAAGAUGGAUAAAUUUCAGAGAAAAGCAAGUUUUACCAAUUACUAUUGAAAAUAAUAAUAAUUCUGAUGGUAAGGAUGAUUAUUAUUAUUACUUUAACGAUGAUAAUCAUGAUAUUAACUAUCAAAAACUAAAUUUUUAAUCAAGACCAUAAAAAUAAUAAAAAGAAGAUUAAUAAAAAUAAGAUUUAUAUUUUAUUAUGAAAACUAAACCAGAUGGAGAAAAACUUAUAAAAAUUAAACUUGAAAAUAAAAAUAUAAUUUUAUUGAUUGAUUUUCUAGUAGAAGUUGUUUAAUUCUUUAGAUAACCAUAUAAUGGAAGUGACAAAUAGCCUUAUUAAAGAAAUCCUCAUUUCAAUAAUUAUCCACCUAUGGUAAUGGAAAUAAAUGUUGUAAAUGUUUGGGCAAUUGUUUUAGGCGAUUUAGAAAAAGAAACUUUUGAAAAAUCGAAAUCUAUAGGAAUUCUUUUAGAUUGUAAUUACUCUUAAACUUGGUUAGGUGAUAGUUGGUUUGGACCUGGAAGUUGUGAAAAAAAUAUUGAAGCAAUUUUAAAGAAAUUAUAUAUAUUUUAGACAAAUCACAUUAUAAAUCUUAAAUAGGAUGAAUAAUCAAAAAAGUCAUUUGAAAGAUCACCUCAUCCUGCUUUAAGAAGUUUACUAGAACCUUUUAAAGUUUGUAUAAAAAUGAAAUAUUCUGUUGAUUUUUAUAGAAAUGCUAAUUAAGAAAUGAUUACAGAAGAAGGUAUUUAAGUUAAAGAAUAUUAUACAGAUUAUGAAUUUAAGAAUAAGAAUAAGAAUAAAAAUAUUAAUUUUUAAUCUAAAAAUGAAUGGGAAAUAAGUUUAAUUAAUUCUACAAGAUUAAAAAAUAAUUUCAGUCUUUCAAUAAGAGAUAUAGCUGAAUUAUAACAAAUUAUAAAUAUAUUUUCUGCCAGGAAAUCUCCUGAAGAUAAAUAUUAAUUUGUAAGAAAACCAUAACCACAAGAUCCUUUUAUUGAUGAUUGCAUUAAUACAAAGAAAAUUAGUAUUGAAAUGUUAAAAAUUUAAAUAUUAAAGAAUAAAGAUGGAGUUAAAGCUGCAUAAUUUGAAUUAUAAAAAUUGAGAAUGUCUGAUUUUCAAGAUAACAAAAAAAAAUAAUUAAAUUUAUUGGCUUGUAUUUCAUUAGACUAUUUUAAUAAAAGGAAAAUGGAUUUUGAGCCUUUUCUUGAACCUUGGAAAUUUACUGUUACAACAAUAUCAUAAAUAGAAAAACCACCUGAAAACAGAGCCAUAGAUAGAGAUUCAAAUAAAAUAACAAUAGCAAAUCAUAUCGAGAAGGAAUUAAAAGGAGAAGAAGUGCCUUAUUAUCUUAAAGAUCAUACUAAUUCAUUAAAUAUAAAUAUCACACCAGCUUUAGUAGAAGUAGCAAUGGAAGCUUUGAAGAUUUAUAAUAAAAAAAUGGAAGAUGAAGAACCAUACAAAAUAUUUAAUAGAUGCGGAUAUGCAUUAGAAAUAAGAGAUAUAAAGAAGGAUCAACAUAUAAGAACUAUAUUUGAAGAUUAAGAAUGUACAUAUAAUACUUAAAAAGAAUUAUGGGCAAAUAAUUUUAAAAAACACAAAUCAGAUUAAUAAUAAAUGUUAUUAAAUUUAGUGGUUUUGAAACCAAAUAAUUAUAAAGAAAGAGAUGAUGAAGAAGAUGAAAUUAAAAUAGUUGAAAAUGUACAUAAUAAUAACAUGAGAAGAACAACUUUAGAUAUUCAAAAUAAAAGUAUUUCAUAAAAAUAGUUUAUGCAAUAGACUCAAAUAAUAUCUUAAAAUUAAUUGUCUAAUAUAAAUUAAUCUUAAUAUAAUAAUAAAAGUAAAAGUUAAUUUAGAUUAAAGAAUAUUAGUAAUUAUAAAACUAUUAAGUAUGUAAACUUUGAUUUUGUUGGCAAGAAAUUCUAUCCUUUAAUUAGAUAACACAAAAAUGAGUAAUAAGAUCUCCAUAGUAAUAAAAAAGGAACUUUUGAUGCAUUUAAAACAAAUAUCGAUAAAAUUACAGGAGUUUUCUUAGCUGACACAAAGAAGAUAAAUGAAGAGAGAAAUAUUUAUAUACAAGUCAAUGUUAAUAUCAAUCCUUAGAAUGGUUCUAAAGAAAUUUAAAUACAAAGUACUGUGAAAAUAUAUAAUUACUUAAGUACUUCAAUUGAAUUAGGUUUUUAAGUAAAUGGUUAAAUGAAAGAAACAACUUCAGUUAAAUUAGAACCUAAAUAAAUAUAUAUUGUUCCAUUAGAGUUUUUGGAAAAUAAAACCGAAGUUAGAUUUACUCCUGAGAAAAUAUAAAAUCGUUAAUAAGAUGAAUAAUUAGAAAGAAAGUAUUAUUAAUUAGAUACAUUAUUAUGUGAUUAAUAAUCUUUAGGAGAAUUUGAAGUUGAUAAAGAUAAUUCAAUUGUUGAAGUUUUAGAGUAAGCAACUUAAAUUGUUACUUCUUAAGGAAAAUCAAAUCCAGUAAUUAAAUCAGAGUUUAAAUAAAUUCAUGAUCCAUUAAACUAUAAAUAUGAUCACAUUAUAACUUCAAUGAAAAGCAAUAUCAAAAGAAACAACUUUUACUUUGUUAUUAAUUGUGUGAAAAUAAAAAAUUAGAUUACUAAUUAAAGAAAAGCUAUGAUAAAUUUUAAUGAAAUAGGUGAGUAAAAAUAAAGUGAAGAUAAUAAUGAUGUUUGUUAUGAAACUUAUUUGAUUUGUUAUCCUAUUUUUAAAUUUACAAAUGCCACUGUUAGAGACAUUAAUAUACAUUAUGGAGUCUUUUCCUCAAAUAAAUAAUAAUCUGAAAAAUAAUUACAAUGUUUUCCAGUUUAACCAGAUUAACAUUUUUAUUGUGAAAACUUAGAUUAUCAUGAUGAUAUUGAGGUUUAAUAUUCGAUUGAAAAUUAAAAUGGAUCUUAAGGAGUUGAUGUUUAAAGUGAAGAUUCAUUUAGAACUAAACCUUUUAAAAUAUUUAAUAGAGGGUUUGGAUUAGGAGAAGAGAAUAAAUUUUAAAUAAAAUUUAAAUAAUAAAAAGGCAAUGAUUAAUAUUUGACUGUAUUAAUAAAAAAAAGAUCAACUAAAUCAAGAGAAUUAGUGUUAUAUUGUCCAUAUUUAAUAUUUAAUGAAACAAAUAAACUAUUGAUAUAUAGAGAAUAUGGUUUGACUUAGGAUAUUCUUUCAGAUGAUAUGAUUUAUUAUUAAAACUUUAGUAAAGCAUUUUAGAAAAAUAAAUAAAAGAAAGAAAUUGAGUAACAUUCUUAAUAUCAUAAUUUACAUUAAUUUGCUACAAGCACUAAUAUGAAUAAAAUUUAAGUUGCUAUAGGAUAAAUAAAUGAUUAGCAAUAAGUAUAAGAAAUUUCAAAAUGGAGCAAUCCAGUUAGUUUAUAAAAUAGUAAUGUUUUAGAAAUAAUAGGAAGAACUGACAUAUUAAAGAAAGAUCAUGAGUAAUUGUAAUUAAAUAAUGGUAAAAAGAGAACUAGUGCAGAUGCCAAAGGAAAAUUUGAAUUUGGUAUGGCAAUAACUAGUGGUCCUGGAUCAUUUCAUAGAAGCAAAUUAAUUACAAUAACUCCUAGGUUUAUAGUUCAUAAUGAAACAUAAUAUAAUAUAGCUAUGGCUUAAGUAGAUACAGAAUAUAGAGAUAAUAAUUUAUCAAGAUUAAAACCAGGAGAUUGGAAAUAUUUUAGUUGGUCAAACAUAAAGAAACCUGCUUUAGCGAUGAUUUCUUUUUAUUAAGAAUCUACUGGUUUAAUAUCAGGUUGGAGUGGAUAUUUUAAACUUUAAGUUUAGGAAAUCUCUUUAAAAAUUCCUAGAAUUAAAUCUAUUAUAAAUAAUAAUAAUAAUGAUUACUAAUAACUUUAUGUUUUAUAGAAAGUCAAUAUUACUUUGAUGGAUGAUUUAAUUCUUUUAAUUAGAUUUAUAUCAGAAGAUCCUAUAAUACCACCAUAUUACAUAGAAAAUCUAACAAAAUAUGAAAUUACCUAUAAAUAAUAACCAUCUAGUUAGGCUUAAAAAUAUAAAUUAAAUUAGGCGAAUCCAAUGAUUUAAAAUAAUGAAAUUAAUAGAGGUAUUCAUUAAGUAAUUGCAUCUAAUCCUAUUGGUUCUCAAGAUCCAGUGGAUUCUUAAGAUUAAGAAUUAAUAUAAUUUUCUGCAGGGGGAAAUGAAGUUACUUAUUUAUAACCUGGAGAAAGAGUAGCAUUUACUUGGGAUCAUUGGAUUGAUGAUAAAGAACAUGUUUUAGAAGUUGAAAUUGAAGGUUAAACAGAAAAAUAUGAAAUUGAUAAAAUUUAAAAUUUCUAACCACUUACUUUACCAGGUUAAUCAUAAAAGAGAAAAAAGUUAGUAAAUAAAAAAUAUCUUUAUAAAUAAGGAAAUAUUUUUAUUAAAGAUUUGGAUAAACCUAAAGAAUAUUAUUGCACACUAAAUGUUUUGAAAUAAAAAUUUAAUGUAUAUAAUCAGGACAGGAAUUAACAUGAAUCAUAUUAUUUAUAGGGAGCAAAGGUAGAUGAGAGUAAAGAUAAUGAAUUUGUUCUAAAAAUUAACCCUGAAAAAAUGUUAUCUAAAAAUUUACAUUUUUAAACUAAAACUGUUGAUGAAGCAAAUUAAUGGGUAGAAUAUUUAUGGAGAGCUAUUUUAAUUGAUAAACCUGAAAUGGUAGAGUUAAAAAUUGAACCUUCUAAUUAAACUAAAGUAGUCACAUUUUAUUAAAACAAAUCAAAUGAUAGAGCAGAUCCUUAAAAGGAAGGAUUAGAAAUUUAACCAGAAAAAGAUGAUGAUUCAUAACGUUAAUAAUUCACUUGUUAUAAAAUAUCAUUAAGCAAUUGUGUAAGUAUUUCUAUUAUUGAUGAAACUCCAAAAGAAAUUUUGUAAAUUUGUUUUAAAAACAUUUAAGCAGAAUAUAUUUUGAUAGAAGAGAUUUAGAAGGAUAUAUAAUUAAGAUCAAAUCAAGAUGAAGAUGAUAAUAUAAAUUUUUUACCAGAAAAAGAAAAACCAUAAAUUAAAUAAAUAAAAGAACAUAUAAAUUUAUCAAUAGAUUUAAUUAUAAUCAAUAAUUAAAUAAUAAAUUCAUAAUUCCCUGUCUUAUUGGCUCCUAAUAAAAAAAAGAUAUUUGGAAAUCAAUAACCAUUUUUUGUAUUGACCACUUAUAGAAAAGAUUAAUCUUAUAUUAAAAAACCAAAUGCUAUUUUAAAUAAUGCAAGUAGAGUUAAUGUUAAAAAUGAAUCAAAUGUUCAAGCAAACUAAGUUUAAAUUAAUGAUCAAUAAUAAAAUUAGUCAAAAUUUAAGAUAUCAUAUAUUCAUACAUUACAAAUGUUUACUGAUACAUUGGAAAUUAGACUAGACCAUUAAAUCUUGGAUUAAAUAAUACAGUAUUAUAAUUUGAUAGCAGCAAUAAUUUGGGAUAGUAAUUAUAGUGAUGUUUAAUAGCAAAGCAAUAGUUAAUUUGGAUUAGGAUCUUUAUAAAAGAAAUAAGAAGAAUAAUUAAAGAAAAUAAAAUAACAUAGUAUAAGUAAGAUUUAUCUAAAGAAUUUAAUGUUAGAACCUAUAGAUAUAUGUUUUACCUUAAAGUAACUAUAAAUAUAAUACUUAGAUCAUCUCCUGGACAUGUUAUGAAUUCAUCUUCAAUAGGAGUAAUAGCUGAUUUAGGAUUAACAUUAGCAUCAAUUGAUAGUGCAAAAAUUAGAUUAAAUGCAUUUAAGACUCAACAUAUAUUUGGUUCAAGUAAUGAAAUUAUAGGAAGAAUAUCUAAACAUUACAAAGGGUAUGUUUAUCAUAAAAUGUUUUUAGAUAAUUUUUAACAUAGAUCUAUAAAUUGUUAGGAUCAUUUGAAAUAUUUGGAAAUCCUGUUUCUUUAAUUUCAAAUCUAGGAACUGGUGUAAUUGAUAUGUUUUAUGAACCUAUUUAUGCUUUAGUAACAGGUAAAAGUGGAUACAAAGUUGGAGAAAAAUUCUUUACAGGAGCAGUAACUUUGAUACACACUUCAAUUACAGGAGUUUAUAAAACAGUUAAUACAAUUAUUGGCACAAUCAUGAAGAUUCUUGAUUAAAUGACUUUAGAUAAAAAAUAUAUGUCUGAGAGAAGUAAUAGAUUAAAUAGAGCAAUUAAAAAUUUUAGAGAAGGUUUGAUUAUUGGAUUUACAAAUUUUGGAAAGAUUUUAUUUUAAACUAUUAUAGGAGUUUUAGAAAGACCAAUAACUGGAAUUAAUGAUGGUGGAUUCUUAGGUUUUUUGCUCGGAAUUUAUUAAGGAAUUAUGGGAAUUAUUAUUAAGCCUACUGUAGGAAUAUACGAUUUAUUAAUCACCAUUAUUGAAGGCAUAAAGAAUACAGCAAUAUAUGAAGAACAUAUUAUGGAUACUCGAUAUAGACCACCAAGAAUCUUUGGAGAUAACAAUUAAUUGAUACCUUUCAAUUUUAAGCAUGCAAUUGGAACUGAUAUUAUAAGGAGAUAUAAAUUGAAAGUUAUUGAUGGAGAAAGUAUUAUCUUCUUUGAUCAACUUAAUAUAUCUGAUGGAGAUAAAAAAAAGUAGGAAGCAUAGAUUGUGCUGACAGACUCAAGAAUUGUUUAUGUUUUAGUAAUAUUUUAAAUUAAUAAAUUUAGUCUCAUUCAUCUAUACAUUGUGAUAAGAUAAUGAUUUACAAAAUUAAAUCAAUAAAAUAUAAUGCUGAUUCUAAGCUACUAGAUUUUAAGCUUCAUACACCUGUUAGAAAAUCUUGGUUUUAAGCAAAUUCAACAAAAUAUACUUUAAAAUAUGAAAGCAAAAUCAAAGCAAUAAAAUUGGCUGAACAAAUUUAGAAAUCUUUUAAAGAUAAAUACAAUAUUAAAUUUUAAAAUUUUGAGGAUGAUGUUAUUGAUAAAAAAUGA